CUGGCGGGGACAUUAAAAACUAUGGCAGAAGACCUGAAUAUAUUGAACCAAACAUCAAACUCAGAAGACGCAGGAAACAAAUCAAUUUUUAAUGGCGGAGGUAAUGAGAUACAGAGGCACCUCUCCUUUCCAUCUGAGAAAGAUAUUAGAACAGCGGAGGAACCGAAUAUGGCAUGUAAAGUCUCAAAGUUACAAAGUGUUCCGGACAACUCAAAUUCACGCCGAUGGUCUGCGGAAAUCGGCGAACAACUCUCAACGCAGGCUCUAAACACACGUUUAAAGCCGAAAAAUACAACUGAAUUAAAAGAUGCCUCCCCUGAACAUAUACUAAAUUCAAAACAGCAUAGUGUGAACAACACCGAAGACAAGGAAAACACCGCUAUGUCCUCCACAGACAUCACGCUAGAUAACACCCAAGAGGAGGGCACUUCUGGUCAGUCUGGUUUGCAGGAUUCCAAUGUGACUGCCAGUAAACAACACAGUAACACAGAGUGCAGAGAUGCUGAGGCGGUGAGAAGAGCACAGGAGGAAGGCCACGUGAGUGUGGUCUUCCCCGGCACAGUAACUCAGGAAGGCUGCUGCCGCUUCGUCAGCGAGAUCCUCAAGUGCGUUCUCUAUCAGAGACAGCAGCUACCCAUGACAUAUGACCAGCUGGUGUACUCCCAGAAGAAACGGCAAACAUCAAUGCAGGAUAAAGACAUAGUGAGUCGAAGGCCGGCGCAGGCUGCAGACAUGGAGUGGCGCAAGUGUCAGCAGACCCUGCAGGACCUUGAGGAGGUGCUGCAGCAGCUGGAGGUGCUAUUUUCUCUUAGCAGGGUGCCCCGUGUCCUGCUGCUAAUGGGUGGGUGCCUCAUCCUCCCCAAGGAGCUAUAUGAGAUCAACAUGGAAGCUCUGGUAGUAGCUGGUGGAGAUCAAUGUCUGCGGGUGUCCUCAUGCUUAAGGCAGCUCUUCCGCACUCUUUUUGUGGCUGACCUUUUGUCUGACUCCAAACCUGUUCGUUUGAUGCCUACCACAGUGUUGGCACUGGCUCACAGGGAUUGUGGUGUAGGUUGGUUCCGCCCUAAGCUACAAUUUAAAGUGCCAACUCGUGUGAAGAACCAAAUAAUUGCUCUGUCUACUGAUCCCAGCAUCUGUAAGGAACCAAGGGCAGAGGGGUCAGACUGGCAGGAUUAUGUGUGGUUUCAGGCGCCCAUGACGAUCAAAGGCUUUGGCAAGUGACCCAAAAAGAUGGGUAGUGUAUAGCAUAAAGAUCGGAGCUCUCUUUAUACUAAAAUUACAUUUUAAUGGUGCCGCAAGUAAAUGUUGAAAUUGAGUUUUGCAUUCAGCUGUCCGUAUUUUAAGGAAUUAUGGGUUUUGAUGGUCUUCUGCAUGUGCUGAAAUCUGUUUGAGGACAUUGUGUAUUCAUUUUUAUAUUUAUGAAGAAUGUUUGAUGUGAUUUGUAUAAAAUAUCACAAAUUUUUAUGGGCAACAUACAGACAUAUUGGUGCAAUAUCUUUUAAUCAGCAUAACUUGAAAGGUUUGAUGCAUUAUAUUGUUUUCUUUAAUCCAGUUUUUGGACACACUGGAGUGCCAGCAUCAUCUGUGUAUAUGUUUACAUUUAUUAAAAUCUGAAAAUGAUGUUGACAGUGCUUAUAAUAAAGAACAGCUGACCG